UGUUAGUUUUUAUAUAUCCUUGUUUCGUCAAACAGAAUGAAACCAGGAGGGACCUACACUGAGUUGGUCCAAUAGAAACGCUGUGUAACCAAACGUUUCACGAAAUUGUUUCUUGUUUUUACGGAAUGAAUACAACCCUGUGCCACAGCUAACCAAUUGCGGUAAUUCUGUUAUUCACCCGGGCAAAAACAAACUGAAGACGUGCCCAACUAGCCAGCGAGCUAGUCUAGAACUUUCAACAGUGUAUUUGCUUUUAACUGCAAUUCAAUAUAAGGGUCCACGAUGAUGUCAACAGGUGAUUUGAAAGGAUGUCUUCGGAAGCUUGAUGCUCAAUUACGGGCAUUGAAGUAUCCAAGGGAGGUUGACUAUAAUGGUUUGUCCAAAGGAGACCCGGCUGCCUUCCUGCCCAUCGUGAGUUAUGCCUUCGUCUCCUUUUCACCUCACCUGGCGGAACACCUGGUGGGCUUCGGGGUGGAACUCACCGGAAAGAGCGACCUCCGUUUUCUUGAAGCUGUGUACAAGGUAUUACGGGACCUCUUUCACUACAAGCCUGCCCUGAGCAAGCAGCAGUUCCUGCAGUUUGGCUUUGCGGAGAGGAAGACGUGUGUCCUCUGUGACGUCAUCGCCUUUGCCCUGCAGAAGCACAAGGAGCUCGGCAAACUUGGCAAGCCAAAACCGAGGGCUCGUUUUCAGGCCUGGAGUUCUGAAUCCAAAAGCGAGGUUGUUCCGUUUCAGGGCUAUACCAUAAAACCAACAGCCUCCGCAUUGUCCCUCAGCAGGCCUCUAGUGGAGAGACACCUUGGCCGCGGGGUCUUAGUCUCCUCCAGUAUGCCUUCAGAAGACGAAGAGUCUCAGGAGGAAGAGGAAGAUGACCUGGAGAAAUGCCCGGGAGUGGAGGAGAGCCUGGAACAAGUGUCUACACUCCCUCAAACGGACCCAGCGGUGGAGGGGAGGCUGGUUGCGCUGGAGGCCCAGAUGCAGGAGGUCCAGGCCAGGCUAGGGAGGCUCCUGACCCUGGUACAGAGGAUGGAUCUCCUGGAACGCUCCUCAGCAGGGCCGGUCACCGUAGACAAACGGCAGUGGGAGAACCUGGAGAGCAGGGUGCUCCUACUGGAGACCAGACUGGCUCUCUCCACAGCCAGCGGCCAGAGGGAGUCACUGGUCGUCAGUGAAGGGGGGAGCCAUUAUAUGGUCGAAAAUGCAACAGAAAUCACAGAGCCCAGGCACAGUUGUCCAGAGAGCCUCCCUCACACUCGAGGCUCUGAGCACGUCCAGUCCUCCAUUCCUGGUGCCAGCUAUCCCAUCAGCCCCUCCGUGGAGACAGAAAGGCCAGAGGAUAAUAUGAAGGAGAGAUUGGAAAGGAUAUCCAACAUGAUGAAAGACACUUCCAGUCUUUUACAAAGUAUCGAUGCCUCAAAGUAAAUGACUUAAUGAAUCCCCGGAUUGUAUUAGUGUGAAUAAAGAUAUAAUGGCAAAAUGUU